AUGAAGAAAGGACGAGGGCGGCCGAAAGCCAUGGUGCCACCGUCACCACCAUCGGAAUCACUUGCCAGCUUGAAGACUCCCCAGAUUGUUUCAAGAACUACAACGCCACCGGACUCUAGCUCGAAGAUGUUUGAGAUUGGAGCAAAAAAUGAUAAAGAGAUGACAACCACACUCGAGAAUACAAUCAAAGAAACCCCAACAGAAGCGACACAAGCUCAAUCUGAGGAGCGUAAACUAUGGGUGGAUAUUAUAAACGACAACCAGAACCCUGCCAAGGGACUGACAAUGGAAUACGUCGCGCCAAAAGUAGUCAACGAGAUGAUUGAAAUUGAUAUUGAACAAGAAGACAUCGAAACGGAAAUACGAUUUUGGGAUAAUGCCAUAAUUCUUUAUGUUGUAGGAGAUGAUUUGAGUAUGAACACGGUGAAGAACUUUAUGCAGAGGACGUGGAAUUUCGUGAAAAUACCAGAUCUUUAUUACCACGAUGACGGUUAUUUUCUGCUCAGAUUCAACUCCCAGAAAGACAAGGAAACCGUGAUGAUGAAAGGCUCAUACACGAUUCGAAAUAUACCCAUGAUACUGAAGGAAUGGCAAACUAGUUUCAAUCUAAAGAGGGACCUGCUAAGAACUUUACCAAUAUGGGUGAAACUCCCCCAACUUCCCCUGCAUCUAUGGGGGGGAAAAAGUUUGAGCAAGAUUGGAAGUGCCAUUAGAAAACCCUUGGUGACUGAUGAAUGUACGGCAAACAAGCUCCAUGUAUCAUAUGCAAGGCUACUGAUUAAAGUGGAUAUUACACAACAAUUGAUUGAUGAAAUAGCCAUCAGAAAUGUUGAGGGAGAUGUGAUAAUGCAGCCUAUGAAGUACGAGUGGAGACCAACAUUCUGCGAAACAUGUCAAAAAAUGGGGCACAAAUGUGAAGACUGGCGGUAG